AGGAAAUAUACCAAUUUAUGAUAUUGGUAAUUGUUACAAACCUCUGAACCCUUUCAUCUUCCAUCGUUUCAUUCAAUCUUCAGAGUUCCGAGGUAUCAGAAUCAUGGCUACAACAAGACUUAACGCCUCUCUUUGCCACUUCCCAUCAAGCACAAGACUUUAUAGCGAGAGCUAUCUCGGUCUGAGACCGACCGUGAGGAUUAGUUAUGCCCGAAACCUAACCGCUCCACGUGGCUAUCUUGCUGUAAAAGCAAACGGAGAUCUAGCUUCCGUGGUGUCUGCCGCGGCUGCUGUAAAGGAGAUGGUAAGAAGAGAGAAGUAUCCAGAAGAAUCAAUUGGUUUCGUGGGCGAGAUGAGACACGUGGCGAUGAGACUGCACACUAGAGAUCAGGCGAAGGAAGGAGAAAAAGAAUCUAAAUCUCCAGAGGUAGGUCCUGUGGCGAAAUGGGAGCCGACUGUGGAAGGAUACUUACAGUUUCUUGUGGAUAGUAAAUUGGUUUACGACACUCUUGAAGGGAUCAUUGACGAAUCCGAUUUCCCAACUUAUGUUGUGUUCAAGAACACGGGACUGGAAAGAGCUGAGAAACUUGGGAAGGAUUUGGAGUGGUUCAAGGAACAAGGUUAUGAGAUUCCAGAGGCAAUGGCUCCUGGUAGAACAUAUUCUGAGUAUUUAAAAGUUUUAGCAGAGAGGGAUCCUGAAGCAUUCAUAUGUCACUUUUACAACAUUUACUUUGCUCAUAGUGCCGGUGGCCAAAUGAUUGGUACAAAGGUAUCGAAGAAGAUACUCGAUGGUAAAGAACUUGAGUUCUAUAAAUGGGAAGGCCAACUAUCUCAGUUGUUGCAAGAUGUGAGGCAAAAACUGAACAGCGUUGCAGAGUGGUGGACAAGAGACGAGAAGAGGCAUUGUUUGGAAGAGACUGAGAAAUCGUUCAAGUUCUCUGGUGAGAUUCUUCGUCUCAUAUUGUCCUGAUUUGUUUCACAAACUCUUCAAAUAUUCAAUAAAGCAUUUUGCUAGUUUGUGGAGUUUAUAAAAUCAAGAGGACAAAAGUUUGGUUUUGGUGGAACUGACUCACUCAGUACAAUUCGGAAUUUUUUUUAAUGUACUUUGUCCCUAUGAAAUACACUAGAGAACAAACAAUGUAACUAGCUA